GGCGGCGGCGGCGGUGAGAAAGCAGCGCCUACUGGAAAACGGCGUCGCAUCAACUAUGCUUGCGACUAUUGUCGCUCACGCAAGACUCGCUGCGACGAGGGUCAACCAUCGUGCCACGCUUGCUCGGCCGCAGGCAUCGAGUGCGUUACCAGGAACCGCCGCCAACCCUGGCUUGAUGUCCGCCGACAUGAAGCUGGUAGAGUGCCGAACCAGGGAAGCACAGCCGAGGGGAGGUCAAGGCAGCAACGCCAAGAAGAUGAGCCAAGCGCAGUCGGGACACACUCAGCCAGGAGGGUCUCCUAUAGUUCUUUGAGGGCGGAAGACGAUGACCCCGGCGCAGAAACGUCGCGUCAGCCCGGAGCCGUGCAGUCUGAAAACGACAGGCCUGAACACAGUGCCCGGCUGCCCAUCAUCCAGAUCGACUCGGGGAACACGCCUCUGGAGCUCAUGACGAGCUGGCUGGAUCUGGCGCGACAUCGUCUCCGAAUACCUCCUGCAGGACCCCGGCCACGAGCUUGGUCAGCCAGGAACUCAUUGCAUGCCAACGACAUGGGGGGAUCACCGAAUGAGUGGACCUUACCGCGGUCUCUGGGCACUUGGGAGAUACCAGAAGAGGGUGUGUUGCUCUCGCUGAUCGACUCGUUCCUUGCUGGCCCGAAUGUCUUGCUGCCGCUACUCCAGCCGGAGAAAAUCAAGCAUGCGGCUCACGCAGCGUCUCAAGACGGACCCAACGCGGUUGCGCAGCAGAGUGGGCUUCCAGUACUGAUGCAGAUGUACCUGGUCCUCGUCUUGGGCCAUGCUGCGCAGCCGCUGCACCCCGAGCCCGACUUUGAUGCCCAAGGGUGUCUUAAAUACUCCGAGAGCCUCCUGGGGCUGAUCUUGCAGCAGAGCACGCUGGAGGCCCUGCGGGCCGUCACGUUACUUUCCAUGGCGUUGCGAUGCCACGACAACCUGGCCGCAGCUGGGCACACCAUGAGCCUGGCUGUGUCCAUGGGUGUGGCGCUCGGCUUGCCGAGGUACUCAGCUCGCUUGCCGCCCGGCGAGGAGAGACGCAGCACCUGGAUGAGCGUGUUCGCGUUUGAGAAAUUGCUCUCCUUUGAGCUUGGCAGGCCGUCACUCAUUCCAGACGACUAUCCGGAACUGAUCCCUGACACGAUCGUCACAGGGGCCGCACAGCGGCAGCUUGCGAGCCAGCCUGUUUUUGAGAUUGUUCUCAGCUUGGCCAAGCUUCUUGGGGAAGUGGGCCGAUGGUGUGUCCAGGUCAGCCGCAAGGAGGACGACAGAAGUGACGAGGCAAUGGCCGAGGUGGUGAGAGAAAAGGUCAGGACGACUGGCCUCUCUUGUCUGAAACUGAUGGAAUGGGCGUCAGAUGUGUGCCCAUCACGGUACAGACCGACGAGCGAUCUUUUCUUCGACAGCAGAUUGCAUCCUUUUACAUCCUUCAUUGCGAUGCAGUAUCACACUGCCAUGAUCCUCGUGACGCGCAACAGCUUGCUCAUCAGCGAAAAGGCGAUCCGUCUUGCCGUGGACGUGAUAGCAAAGGACGAACCCUGGGAGUCCGCUGUCCGCAACGGCCAGAGCAUUGCGGUCAACUCGGCGCGUAUAAUCCUGCGCCUCUUCCUCGAAUCGUCGGAGCUUGCCAGCUGCGCUGCGCUGCCCAGCCUCUCAAGUCCACUCCACGCAAUGGGUGUCCUAGCCGUAUUUGCCGUGACCAGACCUGGUUCAAGAAUGUCUGGUAUGGAUCGCGAGCUUCUUAAAACGGCA